UCAAAGCUCGCAGGACGCGCGCUGGUGACUCCUUCCCCAGCCUCCCGAAGACGCGCGCGACCUCCUCUCGAGCUUGUCUUCCUCGGCUGAAUUAAUCCCUUUUCGAAAGCGGCGAGGGCGCGCUGGAGGGACAGGGAGGGAAGUGUGAGUGUUGAUAAGCGUGUUGCGUUUCCUGGUGACAAAGUGUGACUCCGCAGUGCUCGGUAAUAAGGAUGGAACGUCACACCUGCAGCGCGCAAUGCUAUCGUGGAUUUUAAACCUACCGCGCGUCCUCUUGUCCUAGAUGGGAGGAGCCUGAACGGGGCAGCGACGUGGCGGGUAUAUAAAGGGCGUGAUGGCGGUGGCUUGUCAGUGUAGUGCUGUCUGUGCCGCAACCAUGGUGGCUCUUGUCCUAGCAGCGGCCAUAGCGACUCUCACCUCAGUCAUCACCGCACAGGAACCGCCUACAGCAGGUUCAAAUUACUACCGGCGAUGCGUUCUCGGAGACAGGCGCGUCUGCCAUUUCACCUUCGAAGUUCAUCCUUAUCAGACUAUGUCCAGGGCGUGUUUCAACUGUCCUCGAAAUAUAUCUGACUGCUCUUUGCCCGACUGCGUUCCUGGCGAUGGCGUGCGGCGGAGGAUCAUUGCUAUUAACAAGCAGAUGCCUGGGCCCGCUAUUCAGGUAUGUGAAGGAGACAAGAUCGUCGUCGACGUGAAAAACCUCCUCCCGGAUGGCGGUCUAACAGUCCACUGGCACGGCCUUACUAUGCUCGGAGGCCUUCACGAUGGCAUUCAGUACCCUAGCACGCCCCACAUGGAUGGCACUCCGGGUAUAACGCAGUGCCCCAUCCACUCCGGCGGUUCGUUCAGAUACACUUUCUACGCCCUUAACCCGGGGACCCACUGGUACCACGCGCACACAGGAUUCCACCGCGCCGACGGCGUCCUGGGAGCCAUCGUCAUCCGCCAGCCUCCGGGAAAGGACCACGCGACCGGUCUGUAUGACUACGAUCUGCCGCAGCACACGAUGGUGAUCCACGACUGGCUACACGUGCCCACAGAGGACAAGUUCGUGUUGAGACACCAUGGCGGCGGCGACGACUUCCCGGAGUCGAUGUUGAUCAACGGACUCGGACCCCACCAGAAUAUCGCUGCCACACCCACUUCAGCCGCCAUGCCAUACCAGCGCUUCAAGGUGUCGCCAGGAGCAAGGUACCGCUUCCGUAUCAUCAACACGGGCAUCCUCAACUGCCCAAUCACAGUCCACAUCGACGAGCACCACCUCACCAUUAUCGCCACUGACGGUAACCCUGUUGUGCCUACGAACGCCUCCUCUGUCGUCGUUUACUCAGGCGAGAGAUGGGACGUGAUCGUCAAAACCGAAAACACCAAAUUCGGAACCUUCUGGAUGAGUUUCAUGGGCGGCGUAGACUGUGCCCCGACCUCCGCCCACCAGUUUGCGCUGUUCGAGUACGAGCAGGUUGGACAGUUCUACAAAACCCCGGCUUAUGUGAAGCAGCAGGUUGGACAGCAAGAGAUUCCCGACAGUGUUUUGCUACGCCACAUGCCCCCCAAGCCCAUGUACUCAGAGGCUCCCCCAGCCGGCGUUCAAGUGAAUAGCAUCAACAGCGCUUGUUACGACGACCUGAUCUGCGCGGCUGGCCUGAGGUCGCCUGUGCCGAUGCCUGAAGUGCUGCGGACGCCGCGAGCCAACUACACGUUCUAUUUGGCUUUUGAAAUGAGACAAAUCCACAAUGCUCACUUCUACUCUCGUGCCUUCUACAAUUUCGAGUCAGUGGACGAAGACCAGCAGAUCCCAACGCCCCAAGUGAACAACCUCUCCUUCGUCGGACCAUCCACGCCCCUACUGCUGAGUGGAGGCAGGUACGACACGCGGGUUUGCUCGAUCGAAAACCCGAUUCCCGGACGAAGCUGCCACGACGACUACUGCGAGUGCCUUCACAUGUAUCACGUCCCCCUCGGUGCCACAGUGGAGCUGGUGUUCAUCGACGAAGGUCAACACGGCGACGAGAACCACCCCAUCCACUUGCACGGACACCACUUCUGGGUGGUUGGCAUGGACCGCCCCAAUGACGUGGUAGGGGCGGCCAUUACGAGGGAUGAGGUGAUCGAGUUGGAUAGGACUGGACAACUACUGAGAAACUUCUACCACCCAGUGCGAAAAGACACAGUCACUAUACCAGAUGGAGGCUACACUGUUGUGAGAUUCAUUGCUGAUAAUCCAGGUUACUGGUUGAUGCACUGUCACCUCAUUUUCCACUCUGCGGCCGGAAUGGAAGUGGUUUUCAAGGUCGGCGAACUGACAGACGUUCCUCCUCCUCCAGCUGGCUUCCCCUUCUGUGGCAACUUCAAAUCCCUUGACCUCUGAAUGUUCCACUGACGAACUUCCCUCUGUUCCUCAACACGCCAAAACCCACUCCUGCGGGCAUUUGAUCUCUUGAGCUGAUCCUCGGGUGGAUAGACAGUUUUUUUUAACAUUCCAAUGUAUUGGUACUGGACCUUUGAUCGCCUCUGGAGGGUGGUUUGUGAUAAUUCCAAGAUAUUUCGAGUCCAUUUUUUUUUCUUUAUGGCAUUACUUGAAGACAAAUAGUUUAUUUAGUGUAUGAUUCGUUUCUCGAUGUUUUUUUUGAAUCGAUUGUGUCUGUAUAUAGUACUGAUGAUUCUGUUAAAUAUAAAAUAUUGUCAGUAUUCGGAGUGUUUUUAUGGACUUUGAAUAGGCAUAUAUGCAAGAUUCAAGUGUGAACUUAUUGUACAGUGUCGUUUUUGACCUAAAAGAUCUCUCUUAUUACAAGAAAUGCUUGUGAAACGGAAAAUAAUAAUGUGUUUGAGACAGUGAUUAUAUUAUAGUGAACCUCUAAAGUGCUAAACUAACCACAGACAAAGAAACAAUCUGAUCUACAAAAACAUAAUUCAUGAAAAAAUCGAUGCCAAAAUAUAAAAACGAAAAUAUGAUUACUACAUACCCUCAAAUAAUUAAGAAUUGGCAUAGUGAACAAACGUUUCUAAGUAAUAACCAAUAAAAUGGCUUAAGAGACUCGGAAUCUCUAACAGUUACGUGUUGAUAUUAGUCAGAUUUUUUUACGUGUGUGUAUAUCUCGCAUAAUAUGAUGACAUUUAGGUGCUAAAACCGAUUGUUUAAAAGGUGCUCUCUGUAGAUGCAAUCUCCCGUGAAAACAGUGGUAUGUGGGAGCCUUUUUUUAUAAUGUUUACUAAGAGUGAUUGAUAAUGAUUUGUUUGUGUUUUAAUAAAAAGGAAAAAAAAUCAA